AUGUUAUCAUUUGAUUACGCCCCAGCUUCAUUUUUCAACUCAGAUUGCUUCAUGAGAUCUCCAAUGCUCGACUCAAAUAUAUUAUUGGAGCAUCAAAACCACUACCCCUUAUACCAUCACCAUCAACAACAACAACCAAGAAGAAUUGUUAGAUCAAAAUCUUAUCAACCAAGACGCCCAACUCAAGAAGAUUAUUUUGCAUCGUUGUUAAAUCAAUUAAUUGAGCAUUCAGGCGAAGAGCAAAAGCCAUUGAAGCCAGAAGUUGAAGCGAAAGUUUUGAACGCUAGAGAUUCAUUCCAAAUUCAAGUCUUCAAAGAUAACAACAAUUUCAAUCAUUAUUCAAUUCGUUACAAACUUUCAGGUCAUGAUGUCAUAAUCUAUAUUGAAUCAGAAGUUGAUGAUUUUGCUAAAGGUUUCAGAUUUGCUCAAGACAAAAUCGAUAUUAACAAUGUUGAAUGGAAAGUUGUCAGAAACGUUUUGGUUAUUAAUGUUCCUAAAUGCAAAGAUGAAUUCAUCUUGAGACCUUCUGUCAGAUUUGUUAAAAGAGUUGAUCCACCAGCUUGUAACAAUAAACCAAUGGUUCAACAACCAAAACAAGCUCCUGUUUUAAUCUCAAAGCCACAAAGAGAAUCAACAUCAACACCACCAAAAGAAGCACCAGCUGUUGAAACUAGAUCAUCAUCACCACAAGAAAAACUUGUCACUGGGGCUUCAUCACCAGUCACAACAUCAACCGUUUCAUCUAAACCAUCACCAGCUCCAAAAUCAAAAGUUAUUUCAAUUCCAAUUGAAUUUGCUGAUUCUGAAACAGAAAUCACUCCAAAAUCAACAAGAGAAAGUUCAAGAAGAUCAUCAGUUACAGAGUCUGUUAAAUCAAACACAAGAACUGAAUCAGAAGCUGAAUUAAGUGAUGAUGAUUCUGCUCCUUCAAAUAAAUUGCCUAAACUAAAGAGAAAAGUUAGUAUUGAAGAAGUUGAAGAUGAAAGUUUACAUAUGGCUGAUUUAGAUUAA